CAUCAUCAUCAUCAUCUCUCUCUCUCUCUCUCUCUCUCUCUCUCUCUCUCUCUCUCUCUCUCUGAUCAAUGGAUCCAACAGGGCUCAUUGCAAGCCUCCCCAUGACAUGGUGGACCGUCCUCUUCACGGGGAUUGCCUUAGCUGGAGGCCUUCUUGUCUACCUAUACGCACCGUACUGGGGGGUGAGGAGCGUCCCCGGCCCACCGACCGUCCCUCUCAUCGGACACAUCCACUUGCUCGCCAAGUACGGGCCCGACCUCUUCUCCAUCCUCGCCAAGCGCUACGGCCCCAUAUUCAGGUUUCAUAUGGGGAGGCAACCGCUGAUUAUAAUAGCAGACGCAGAGCUAUGUCGAGAAGUCGGGAUCAGGAAGUUCAAAGAUAUACCAAACAGAAGCAUCCCUUCUCCAAUCUCAGCUUCCCCACUCCACCAGAAGGGUCUCUUCUUCACCAGGGACUCGAGAUGGUCAACGAUGCGAAACACGAUCGUUUCUGUCUACCAGCCGUCUCAUCUGGCAAGCCUCAUCCCCAUGAUGCAGUCCUUCAUUGAAUCCGCUGCGGAAGGCCUUGACUCCUCCUCCAAAGACGAAAAGGAAGAGAUCACCUUCUCCAACUUUUCUCUCAAGCUGGCCACGGAUGUGAUCGGCAAGGCCGCAUUCGGGGUUGAUUUCUGCCUCUCAAGGGCUAAAUCCUCUGCAGUCCAAGAAGAUACUACGAAAAGCAAAUCCAACCAUGAGGUCUCAGACUUCAUAAACCAGCACAUAUACUCGACCACCCAGCUCAAGAUGGAUCUAUCGGGGUCGUCCUCUAUCAUUCUCGGACUACUCAUCCCACUUCUCCAGGAACCGUUUCGGCAGGUCCUUAAGAGGAUUCCUGGCACCAUAGACCGGAAAGUGGAUCAAACAAACCAGAAGCUGAGUGGGCGGCUUGAUGAGAUUGUAGCCAAGAGGAUGGAGGACAAGAAAAGUUGGGCAGGAUCAAAGGACUUCCUCUCGCUAAUAUUGAGGGCCAGAGAGGAGUCCUCGGAGAAGAUCUCCGAGAAUGUUUUCACGCCAGACUACAUAAGCGCAGUCACAUAUGAACACUUGCUCGCUGGGUCUGCUACGACCUCAUUCACUCUUUCCUCAGUGUUAUACCUGGUCGCAGGACAUUCCGAAGUCGAGAAGAAGUUGCUCGCAGAGAUUGACAGUUUCGGUCCUCAUGAUCUUAUGCCAACAGCUUCCGAUCUUCAGUCCAAGUUUCCAUAUAUUGAUCGGGUAGUUAAGGAGGCAAUGAGGUUUUAUAUUGUCUCGCCGCUUGUUGCAAGAGAGACAUCAAGACAAGUCGAAAUCGGAGGCUACAUCCUUCCUAAGGGUACAUGGGUAUGGUUGGCUCUAGGAGUCCUGGCAAAAGAUCCGAAGAACUUCCCGGAGCCGGAAAAAUUCAAGCCUGAGAGAUUCGACCCUAACUGCGAGGAGGAGAAAAGAAGGCAUCCUUAUGCCCUGAUACCUUUCGGGAUCGGCCCCCGAGCUUGCAUUGGACAGAAGUUCUCCCUGCAGGAAAUCAAGCUCUCCCUGAUCCACUUAUACCGGAAGUAUAUAUUCCAGCAUGCGCCCAGUAUGGAGAAACCAUUAGAACUUGACUAUGGGAUAGUUCUCAACUUCAAGCACGGUGUGAAGCUCCGCGUCAUCAGGAGAAGUUGAAGGCAAUAGCAGAAUUCCCAUUUCUCGAUCUCAGGAAUAGAGUUUUACAUCGAGAAUCAUACGGGUUCAGCACAUACUCAACAAGAGGAACUCCAUUUAAGAUAUAAGUGUCAUAAUGAGAUAGCACUAAUCAGCAAAAGACCUGCUCUUAAUCCCCAUGGCUGGAAGAAUUACGAGGUGGAAACAGACUGAGAUUUCUGUCGAGGGGGAAUCCGAAGCCAACCCUUCAUCAUGUCAUAUGCUGUGAAGCCAAUCGCUACCGAAGGCACAAUCUGUAAAGCAAAUGCAGAAC